GGCAGAGAACAGGAGGCUUGAUUAAGAAUGAACCAGCUGUACUGUCACCAGUGACAGUACCUUCUUAUAUCUACAUUUGUAAUUUUGCCAGCUGCUUUGACUGGACCAGAAAGCCGAGGCAUGUACCGCACUCUGGGUUUCGACCUCAUGAAGCUCUGGAUUGCUUCGUGUGCACUUCAACUCACAUCAGUACCGGCAUCACUACCACAGACCUGCUACCGCCUCGACAGCUCACCUUAUCCCGACGAUCGCGUCCCUUACCUCAACGGCAGCAUCCCGCGAUGGGUCUCGUGCAACCCGGACCAGGCAAUCAGCCACUGCUGCCAGGCCUUCGACUUGUGUCUGGACAACGGGCUCUGCCGAGGGUUCCAAGCCGGCGGCGACCAGGUGCUCGAGCUGGAGGGCUGCACCGACGCGGCCUGGCGUCCCCCGUGUCCCCAGUACUUCGCUGACAGCCGGUACGGCACCCUCGGUGCCGAUGUUAGAGUGCUCAUCUGGGCGUGUAGCUACGACAGCGACGGCGAGUACUGCGUCGGGUCCACGGAUCCGGGCGGCGUCAGCAUCUGGGAUGCGUCGUGCUGUGCCGAUGCCAGCAAGCGCAUCAGGACGAUCCCGCCGUUCAAAAGCAUGCACAUGGCUGGAGAUGUGACGAAGAGAAUCGAGAUGUGGCAGGGCAGUCGUGCAAAUACCGUCAGCAACGGGGACAACAGCAGCAGUGGCAGUAGCAAUGACUGGGGAAUGUCGAAUAAAAUUGCGUUUGGGGCCGGGAUUGUGGCGGUAGCUGGUGUCUUAUAAGUUGUACUUGGAUACGACUACGCACCCAGUUGAGGCUGAAGAUGGAUGGAGAGAGCAAUAAGUCCUGGCCCAGCUCUGGGAGAUGAAUAUUGUCUCAUGGCCAGCCGCGGGAUCGAAUUCGACUAGAACUAUGCCAUGGCCGUAGAGCGGAAGGAUCAGCGAGUAAGAUAACCCAGACUUAAUGGUGCGUGAAUAGACAUUGUAUUGCGUUAUGUAGGGCAUUACUGAUGACAGAUGAGGUUCCUAUUGGAGCAUUGGU